CCGGCCGCUUCCCAUUGCGGGCAGCCCCGGCGGAGGCUGUGGUGGUGGCGUUGGUGGCGGCACCGCCUCCUCCUCACACUCCCCGGGUGGCGGGGUUAGAUGAGCGGCCCCGGUAGCGGUGAGGGCGGCGCGGCGGGGAGGAGGAGAAGGAGGAGGAGAAGGAGGAGGUCACUGUCUUUGUAGUGUCCCUGAGGCCGCCGCGGAGCCGUCGUCGUUGGACAGGGCUGCGAGCGCGCGUGUCUGCCCGCCCGGCCCACGGGGACGAGGCGGCGGCGGUGGCGAGGAGGAGGAGGAUGAUGUGCGCAGCGACUGCCUCCCCCGCCGCGGUCUCCGCGGGGCCCGGCGCGGACGCCUUCUUCCCCGCCGCCACUGUGUCUUCCUCCCCGGCGCCGGGGGCGCUGUUCAUGCCGGCCCCUGAGGGCUCCGUGGCGGCCGCGGGGCUGGGGCUGGGGCUGGGGCUGCCCGCCGCGGACUCGCGGGGUCACUACCAGCUGCUGCUGUCCGGCCGGGCGCUGGCCGACCGCUACCGGAGGAUCUACACCGCGGCGCUCAGCGACAGGGACCAGGGGGGCGGCAGCGCUGGACACCCGGCCUCCAGGAAUAAGAAAACUUUAAAUAAGAAGAAGUUGAAAAGAAAACAGAAGAGCAAAUCAAAAGUGAAGACAAGAAGCAAGUCUGAAAGCUUGGAGAAUACCGUAAUUAUACCAGAUAUCAAACUACAUAGCAAUCCUUCCGCUUUCAAUAUUUACUGUAAUGUACGCCAUUGCGUUCUGGAAUGGCAGAAAAAGGAAACAUCACUGGCAGCUGCAUCUAAGAAUUCUGUGCAGAGUGGAGAAUCAGAUAGUGAUGAAGAAGAGGAAUCCAAAGAGCCCCCAAUCAAACUUCCAAAGAUUAUUGAAGUUGGACUUUGUGAAGUGUUUGAAUUGAUCAAGGAGACACGUUUUUCACAUCCAUCUCUGUGUCUGAGGAGUCUCCAAGCCCUGCUGAAUGUGCUUCAGGGUCAGCAGCCAGAAGGCCUCCAGUCAGAGCCACCCGAGGUCCUAGAGUCUCUCUUCCAGCUCCUUUUGGAAAUCACUGUUCGGAGUACUGGAAUGAAUGACAGCACUGGACAAUCCCUGACAGCACUUUCCUGUGCUUGCCUCUUUAGUCUAGUGGCUUCUUGGGGAGAAACAGGAAGGACACUUCAGGCCAUCUCUGCUAUCCUCACCAACAAUGGUAGCCAUGCUUGCCAAACUAUUCAGGUGCCAACAAUACUGAAUUCCCUGCAGAGAAGUGUACAGGCAGUUUUAGUGGGAAAAAUUCAAAUUCAGGACUGGUUUAGCAAUGGUAUUAAGAAAGCAGCUUUAAUGCAUAAAUGGCCAUUAAAAGAAGUCUCUGUUGAUGAAGAUGAUCAGUGUCUACUUCAGAAUGAUGGAUAUUUUCUUUAUCUGUUAUGCAAGGAUGGAUUAUACAAAAUAGGCUCUGGAUACAGUGGAACAGUUAGGGGCCAUAUAUAUAACUCUACAUCCCGCAUCAGAAACAGAAAAGAAAAAAAGUCUUGGUUAGGGUAUGCUCAGGGUUAUUUAUUAUAUAGAGAUGUGAAUAACCACAGCAUGACAGCCGUAAGAAUAAGCCCUGAAACACUGGAACAAGAUGGUACUGUAAUUUUACCAGAUUGCCACACCGAAGGUCAAAAUAUUUUAUUCACAGAUGGAGAAUAUAUUAAUCAGAUAGCUGCUUCAAAAGAUGAUGGUUUUGUUGUCAGAAUAUUUGCCACAAGUACUGAACCUGUGUUGCAACAAGAAUUACAACUUAAACUGGCCCGAAAAUGCUUGCAUGCCUGUGGCAUCUCACUAUUUGAUCUGGAAAAGGACUUGCAUAUAAUAAGUACAGGAUUCGAUGAGGAGUCAGCAAUUCUUGGUGCAGGACGAGAAUUUGCACUAAUGAAAACAGCAAAUGGAAAGAUAUAUUACACUGGAAAGUAUCAGAGUCUUGGAAUCAAACAAGGUGGUCCUUCAGCAGGAAAAUGGGUUGAGCUGCCAAUUACAAAAUCGCCAAAAAUAGUACACUUCUCAGUCGGACAUGAUGGCUCACAUGCCCUUUUAGUAGCUGAGGAUGGGAGUGUGUUCUUUACAGGAUCUGCCAGUAAAGGAGAAGAUGGCGAGUCGACAAAAAGCAGACGGCAGUCAAAACCAUAUAAGCCUAAAAAGAUAAUUAAAAUGGAAGGGAAGAUUGUGGUGUAUACAGCCUGCAAUAAUGGAAGUAGUUCUGUUAUAUCUAAAGAUGGAGAACUAUACAUGUUUGGAAAAGAUGCCAUUUACUCUGAUAGUUCAAGUUUGGUAACUGAUUUGAAGGGGCAUUUUGUAACUCAGGUAGCUAUGGGCAAGGCUCACACUUGUGUUUUAAUGAAGAAUGGAGAAGUUUGGACAUUUGGUGUAAAUAAUAAAGGACAGUGUGGCCGAGACACUGGUGCCAUGAACCAAGGAGGAAAAGGGUUUGGAGUUGAAAAUAUGGCAACAGCAAUGGAUGAAGACCUAGAAGAAGAGCUAGAUGAAAAAGACGAGAAGUCCAUGAUGUGCCCUCCAGGCAUGCACAAGUGGAAGCUGGAGCAGUGCAUGGUGUGCACCGUGUGUGGUGACUGCACAGGCUAUGGAGCCAGCUGUGUCAGCAGUGGGCGUCCAGACAGAGUCCCUGGAGGGAUCUGUGGUUGUGGUUCAGGAGAAUCUGGUUGUGCUGUAUGUGGAUGUUGCAAAGCCUGUGCGAGAGAGUUGGAUGGACAAGAGGCAAGACAAAGAGGGAUUCUUGAUGCAGUGAAAGAAAUGAUACCUUUAGAUCUUCUUUUAGCUGUCCCAGUACCUGGAGUUAAUAUUGAAGAACACCUUCAGUUACGACAAGAAGAAAAACGGCAGCGUGUAAUCAGAAGACACAGAUUAGAAGAAGGAAGAGGCCCCCUUGUAUUUGCUGGUCCUAUUUUUAUGAACAACCGAGAACAGGCUCUAGCCAGACUCAGAUCCCAUCCAGCACAGCUAAAGCAUAAACGGGACAAGCACAAAGAUGGAAGUGGAGAAAGAGGAGAAAAGGAUGCAAGCAAAAUCACAACAUAUCCUCCAGGCUCUGUACAAUUUGACUGUGAACUCCGAGCAGUACAAGUCAGCUGUGGAUUUCACCAUUCAGUGGUUUUAAUGGAAAAUGGAGAUGUCUAUACUUUCGGAUAUGGGCAACAUGGGCAGCUAGGACAUGGAGAUGUCAAUUCCAGGGGAUGUCCCACUCUUGUUCAAGCCUUGCCAGGCCCUAGCACACAAGUCACUGCAGGGAGCAACCAUACGGCAGUCCUUUUAAUGGAUGGACAGGUCUUCACCUUUGGAAGUUUUUCUAAAGGACAACUGGGCAGGCCUAUCUUGGAUGUGCCAUAUUGGAAUGCAAAGCCAGCUCCCAUGCCUAACAUUGGAUCAAAAUAUGGAAGAAAAGCCACUUGGAUAGGUGCAAGUGGGGACCAGACUUUCUUACGAAUUGAUGAGGCACUUAUUAAUUCUCAUGUACUUGCUACAUCAGAAAUUUUUGCCAGUAAACACAUAAUAGGCCUGGUACCUGCUUCUAUAUCAGAACCUCCACCAUUUAAAUGUCUUCUGAUAAAUAAAGUGGAUGGGAGUUGUAAAACUUUUAAUGACUCUGAGCAGGAGGAUCUGCAAGGAUUCGGUGUGUGUCUUGAUCCUGUAUAUGAUGUAAUUUGGAGGUUUCGACCAAAUACCAGAGAACUGUGGUGUUACAAUGCAGUAGUUGCUGAUGCCAGACUUCCCUCUGCAACAGACAUGCAGUCCAGAUGUAGUAUUUUAAGUCCUGAACUUGCCCUACCAACAGGAUCAAGGGCUCUUACCACUCGAUCUCAUGCAGCUUUGCACAUUUUAGGUUGUCUGGACACUUUGGCUGCUAUGCAAGACUUAAAAAUGGGCAUUGCAAGUACAGAGGAGGAAACUCAAGCAGUAAUGAAGGUUUAUUCCAAAGAAGAUUAUAGUAUAGUAAAUAGAUUUGAAAGUCAUGGAGGGGGAUGGGGUUACUCUGCCCAUUCAGUAGAAGCUAUACGUUUUUGUGCUGACACUGAUAUUUUACUUGGUGGUCUUGGUCUAUUUGGAGGUAGAGGAGAAUAUACUGCUAAAAUUAAGCUGUUUGAGUUGGGUCCAGAUGGAGGAGAUCAUGAAACUGAUGGGGACCUUCUUGCAGAGACUGAUGUGUUGGCUUAUGACUGUGCUGCUAGAGAAAAAUAUGCAAUGAUGUUUGAUGAACCAGUUCUCCUGCAAGCUGGCUGGUGGUAUGUAGCAUGGGCUCGAGUGUCAGGACCCAGCAGUGACUGUGGAUCUCAUGGACAAGCUUCUAUUACUACAGAUGAUGGGGUUGUUUUCCAGUUUAAGAGUUCAAAGAAAUCAAAUAAUGGUACAGAUGUUAAUGCUGGUCAGAUACCUCAGUUAUUAUACAGACUUCCAACCAGUGAUAGCAGUGCUUCAAAAGGCAAACAGCAAACCAGUGAGCCUGUACACAUUUUAAAGAGAUCUUUUGCAAGAACUGUCUCAGUGGAAUGUUUUGAAUCAUUGCUGAGCAUUCUUCACUGGAGCUGGACCACCUUAGUCUUAGGAGUUGAAGAACUUAGAGGAUUAAAAGGAUUCCAGUUCACAGCUACACUUCUAGAUUUAGAGAGACUGCGCUUCGUGGGUACCUGUUGUUUGAGGUUAUUGCGUGUCUAUACCUGUGAAAUUUACCCAGUGUCAGCUACAGGAAAAGUAGUUGUAGAAGAAACCAGCAAAUUAGCAGAGUGUAUUGGAAAAACCAGAACUUUAUUAAGAAAAAUUUUAUCAGAAGGAGUUGAUCACUGCAUGGUGAAGCUGGAUAAUGACCCUCAAGGAUAUCUCAGUCAACCCCUGAGUCUCCUGGAAGCUGUCCUGCAGGAGUGUCAUAAUACUUUUACUGCAUGUUUCCAUUCUUUCUACCCAACUCCUGCAUUGCAGUGGGCGUGUCUUUGUGAUCUGCUGAAUUGUUUGGAUCAGGAUAUCCAAGAAGCAAAUUUCAAGACAUCAAGUAGCCGACUCCUUGCAGCUGUUAUGUCAGCUCUGUGUCAUACAUCUGUUAAGCUGACUUCUAUUUUCCCUAUUGCUUAUGACGGAGAAGUACUGCUAAGAUCAAUUGUUAAGCAAGUUAGCACAGAAAAUGACUCAACACUGGUUCAUCGUUUUCCCCUUUUGGUCACACACAUGGAAAAACUCAGCCAGAGUGAAGAGAAUAUCUCAGGAAUGACCAGCUUCCGUGAAGUGCUGGAGAAAAUGCUGGUUAUUGUUGUGCUACCAGUCAGGAACAGCCUGAGAAGAGAAAAUGAACUCUUCUCCUCCCACUUGGUCUCUAAUACCUGUGGACUGCUGGCGAGUAUCGUCAGUGAACUGACUGCAUCAGCCCUGGGAUCUGAGGUUGAUGGACUUAAUUCUCUUCACUCUGUAAAAGCUAGUGCUAACAGAUUUACAAAGACAAGUCAAGGAAGAAGUUGGAACACCGGGAAUGGGUCCCCUGAUGCAAUCUGUUUUUCAGUAGACAAACCUGGAAUAGUUGUGGUUGGUUUCUCUGUUUAUGGAGGAGGUGGGAUUCAUGAAUAUGAAUUAGAGGUGUUGGUCGAUGAUAGUGAACAUGUAGGAGAUUCAACUCAUUCCCACAGAUGGACAUCUCUAGAAUUAGUCAAAGGAACUUACACGACAGAUGAUUCACCCAGUGACAUAGCUGAAAUCAGACUUGACAAAGUUGUUCCUUUAAAGGAAAAUGUUAAAUAUGCUGUGCGCUUGAGGAACUAUGGAAGCCGUACAGCCAAUGGAGAUGGAGGAAUGACCACAGUUCAGUGCCCUGAUGGUGUGACCUUUACAUUCAGUACAUGUAGCCUGAGUAGUAAUGGUACAAACCAAACCAGGGGACAGAUUCCACAGAUACUCUACUAUCGGAGUGAAUUUGAUGGAGAUUUACAAUCCCAACUUCUGAGUAAAGCCAAUGAAGAAGACAAAAACUGUAGCAGAGCGCUCUCUGUGGUAAGCACUGUUGUUCGAGCUGCCAAGGACCUCUUGCACAGAGCUCUUGCUGUGGAUGCUGAUGACAUUCCAGAACUGCUUAGCUCUUCCAGUCUGUUUUCCAUGCUGCUUCCCCUUAUUAUAGCCUACAUAGGACCAGUAGCUGCUGCUAUUCCCAAGGUGGCUGUAGAAGUCUUUGGCCUUGUUCAACAAUUGCUUCCUUCAGUUGCUAUUUUGAAUCAGAAAUAUGCACCCCCUGCAUUCAAUCCCAAUCAGUCAACAGAUAGCACCACAGGAAACCAGCCUGAACAAGGUCUCUCAGCUUGUACGACAUCUAAUCACUAUGCUGUUAUAGAGAGUGAGCACCCCUAUAAGCCUGCCUGUGUGAUGCACUACAAGGUGACAUUUCCAGAAUGUGUCAGAUGGAUGACAAUCGAAUUUGACCCUCAGUGUGGUACCGCACAGUCAGAAGAUGUCCUCCGUUUGUUGAUUCCUGUCAGAACUAUUCAGAAUUCAGGAUAUGGACCAAAAUUAACAUCUGUUCAUGAAAGUCUUAAUUCAUGGAUAGAAUUAAAGAAAUUUUCAGGACCUUCUGGAUGGCCUACUAUGGUCUUAGUGUUACCAGGAAAUGAAGCCCUUUUUUCUUUGGAGACUGCUUCAGAUUAUGUGAAAGAUGACAAAGCUUCCUUUUAUGGUUUUAAAUGCUUUGCAAUUGGAUAUGAAUUUAGCCCUGGAUCUGAUGAGGGUGUCAUUCAGUUGGAGAAAGAAUUAGCCAACCUUGGUGGGGUUUGCGCAGCAGCUUUGAUGAAAAAGGACCUAGCACUUCCUAUUGGUAAUGAAUUAGAAGAAGAUCUUGAAAUUCUUGAAGAGGCUGCAUUACAGGUGUGCAAAACUCAUUCUGGUAUACUCGGAAAGGGUUUAGCUCUUUCUCAUUCACCUACUAUAUUAGAGGCACUUGAAGGAAACUUACCACUUCAAAUCCAAAGCAAUGAGCAGUCCUUUCUGGAUGAUUUUAUUGCUUGUGUCCCUGGUUCAAGUGGCGGAAGGCUUGCAAGGUGGCUUCAGCCAGAUUCCUAUGCUGAUCCUCAGAAAACAUCGUUGAUCCUGAAUAAAGAUGAUAUUCGUUGUGGUUGGCCUACCACCAUAACUGUUCAAACAAAAGACCAGUAUGGAGAUGUGGUACAUGUUCCUAAUAUGAAGGUGGAAGUGAAAGCCGUCCCUGUUUCCCAGAAAAAAUCAUCUUUACAACAAGAACAAGGAAAGAAAGCUCAAAGGAUUCCUGGUAGUCCUGCAGUAGCAUCAACAUCUUCUAAUACUGACUUGACUUUUGGAGGGCUGGCAUCACCAAAGCUGGAUGUUUCCUAUGAACCAAUGAUAGUGAAGGAGGCUCGAUACAUUGCCAUAACAAUGAUGAAGGUUUAUGAAAAUUACUCCUUUGAAGAACUGCGUUUUGCAUCACCAACUCCUAAGAGACCCAGUGAGAAUAUGCUGAUUCGUGUCAAUAAUGAUGGAACUUACUGUGCAAAUUGGACUCCGGGGGCAAUUGGACUGUACACUAUUCAUGUUACCAUUGAUGGCAUUGAAAUAGAUGCUGGCCUUGAAGUAAAGGUAAAAGACCCACCAAAAGGGAUGAUUCCACCAGGAACUCAGCUGGUCAAGUCAAAGGCUGAACCUCAACCAAAUAAGGUUCGAAAAUUUGUGGCCAAGGACAGUGCAGGGCUCCGUAUCCGGAGCCAUCCGUCCCUUCAGAGUGAGCAGAUUGGCAUAGUAAAGGUCAAUGGAACGAUCACUUUUAUUGAUGAGAUCCACAAUGACGAUGGUGUGUGGCUGAGACUGAAUGAUGAGACAAUAAAGAAGUAUGUGCCUAACAUGAAUGGUUAUACCGAAGCAUGGUGCCUCUCUUUUAAUCAGCAUCUUGGCAAGAGCCUUCUGGUGCCUGUUGACAAUAUCUUUAAUGCUAGCCAAGGAGUCAGGGAUUUGGACGUAUUUUCAUGGACUUCCAAAGCUUUUUUCCCCCAGGAACCUAAAACUAAUACUGAUGACUUUUUCAAAGACAUAAACUGCUGCACACAGGAAGCAACAAUGCAAGAACAAGAUAUGCCAUUCUUCCGAGGAGGGCCAGGCAUGUACAAGGUAGUGAAGACGGGACCUUCAGGUCACAACAUCAGAAGCUGCCCUAACCUUAGAGGUAUCCCAAUUGGAAUGUUAGUUCUGGGAAACAAAGUCAAAGCAGUAGGAGAGGUAACCAAUUCUGAAGGUACAUGGGUGCAGCUGGAUAAGAACAGCAUGGUAGAGUUCUGUGAGAGUGAUGAAGGAGAGGCAUGGUCCUUAGCUAGAGACAGAGGCGGAAACCAGUACCUCCGGCAUGAAGAUGAACAAGUUCUUCUGGAUCAAAAUUCUCAAACUCCUCCUCCAAGCCCUUUCUCAGUGCAAACGUUUAAUAAAGGGGCAAGUUGCAGUGCCCAGGGAUUUGAUUAUGGCCUUGGAAAUAAUAAAGUUUUGACUGUUUUGCCCACUGCAGGUGACCAACUGAGUGCCAUAUUGAAUUCCAUUCAGUCACGGCCCAAUCUCCCAGCUCCUUCCAUCUUUGAUCAAGCUGCAAAACCUCCCUCUUCCCUAGUCCACAGCCCAUUUGUGUUCGGACAGCCCCUUUCCUUCCAGCAGCCUCAGCUUCAGAAAUCUCCAUCUCGCAGCCUUGCUUCUCGUGAGCGCAUUUACAAAACUUUUGGUGUAGCUGGGCCUGCCUCUGCUCUCUCAUCUCUGUCUCACAAACUGAAGGGUGACCGAGGAAAUAUCUCAGCAUCUUCUAGACCAGUCUCUACAUCAGGCAAAUCAGAACUGUCUUCUAAACACAACAGAUCACUUAAACAUGAUGGACGCAUGAGCCGGACUACUGCUGACCAAAAGAAGCCAAGGGGCACAGAAGGUUUAUCUGCAAGUGAAUCCCUCAUGUUAAAAUCUGAUGCUGCAAAGUUGAGGUCAGAUUCCCAUAGUAGGUCACUGUCCCCCAACCAUAACACCUUGCAGACACUGAAGUCUGAUGGGAGAAUGUCUUCUAGCUUCAGAGCCGAGUCCCCAGGACCAGGUUCUCGGUCAUCAUCUCCUAAGCCAAAGACUCUCCCAGCCAGCAGAUCUAGCCCAUCUGGUGCUAGUUCACCACGCUCCUCCUCACCACAAGAUAAAAGUCUACCUCAAAAAAGCACUACUCCUGUGAAGACAAAACUUGAUCCUCCACGGGAACGUUCUAAGUCAGACUCCUAUACUCUUGAUCCAGAUACCCUCCGUAAGAAGAAAAUGCCUCUCACAGAGCCUUUGAGGGGACGAUCCACAUCACCAAAACCAAAGUCAAUACCAAAGGACUCUAAAGACUCCCCUGGGUCUGAAAAUAGAGCACCUUCUCCCCAUGUGGUACAGGAAAACCUUCACAGUGAGGUGGUUGAAGUCUGUACAUCAAGUACUUUAAAAACAAACAGUCUAACAGAUAGCACCUGUGAUGAAAGUAGUGAAUUUAAGACUGUGGAUGAAGGUUCAAAUAAAGUUCAUUUCAGCAUAGGAAAAGCACCACUGAAAGAUGAACAGGAAAUGAGAGCAUCCCCCAAAAUAAGUCGAAAAUGUGCUAAUAGACACACCAGGCCCAAAAAAGAAAAAUCUAGUUUUCUUUUCAAAGGUGAUGGAUCCAAACCGUUAGAGCCAGCCAAGCAAGCCAUGUCUCCUUCAGUGGCUGAAUGUGCCCGAGCAGUCUUUGCUGCUUUCCUGUGGCAUGAAGGCAUAGUACAUGAUGCAAUGGCUUGUUCAUCUUUCCUAAAGUUUAAUCCUGAACUUUCCAAAGAACAUGCUCCUAUAAGGAGUAGUUUGAAUAGCCAGCAACCCACAGAGGAAAAAGAAACCAAGUUAAAAAAUAGACAUUCUUUGGAAAUAUCAUCUGCACUAAAUAUGUUUAAUAUUGCACCUCAUGGACCUGAUAUAUCUAAGAUGGGUAGCAUCAACAAAAAUAAAGUGCUAUCUAUGCUUAAGGAACCACCUCUACAUGAAAAAUGUGAGGAUGGAAAAACUGAAGCCACUUUUGAAAUGUCCAUUCACCAUACAAUGAAGUCUAAGUCUCCUCUUCCCUUAACUUUACAACAUUUAGUGGCCUUUUGGGAAGAUAUCUCUUUGGCUACUAUCAAAGCUGCAUCCCAGAAUAUGAUUUUUCCAAGUCCUGGUUCCUGUGCUGUUCUUAAAAAGAAAGAGUGUGAGAAAGAGAAUAAGAAGGCCAAGAAGGAAAAAAAGAAAAAAGAAAAGACAGAAGUUAGGCCCAGGGGCAAUUUGUUUGGGGAGAUGGCCCAGUUGGCAGUAGGAGGACCAGAGAAAGACACCAUCUGUGAGCUGUGUGGAGAAUCACAUCCAUACCCAGUGACAUAUCACAUGAGACAAGCUCACCCAGGUUGUGGCCGGUAUGCUGGUGGACAGGGUUACAAUAGCAUUGGGCACUUUUGUGGAGGAUGGGCUGGUAACUGUGGUGAUGGUGGCAUAGGAGGAAGCACUUGGUAUCUGGUAUGUGAUCGCUGUAGAGAAAAAUACCUCCGUGAAAAACAAGCUGCUGCAAGGGAGAAGGUCAAACAGUCUAGGAGAAAGCCAAUGCAAGUCAAGACCCCUCGUGCCUUGCCCACCAUGGAGGCUCACCAGGUUAUCAAAGCCAAUGCCCUUUUCCUGCUGUCUCUGAGCAGUGCAGCUGAACCAAGCAUUCUGUGUUACCAUCCUGCAAAGCCAUUCCAGUCACAGCUGCCCAGCGUGAAAGAGGGCAUUUCUGAGGAUCUUCCCAUGAAAAUGCCUUGUCUCUACCUACAGACAUUAGCUAGGCAUCAUCAUGAAAAUUUUGUGGGCUAUCAGGAUGACAACCUAUUCCAGGAUGAAAUGAGAUAUCUGCGUUCAACAUCUGUACCUGCCCCAUAUAUAUCCGUAACUCCUGAUGCAAGUCCUAAUGUAUUUGAAGAGCCAGAGAGCAAUAUGAAGUCUAUGCCACCAAGUUUGGAAACUAGUCCUAUAACUGAUACUGAUCUGGCAAAGAGAACUGUCUUCCAAAGAUCAUACUCAGUUGUUGCUUCUGAAUAUGAUAAACAACACUCCAUUUUACCUGCACGAGUUAAAGCUAUCCCUAGGAGAAGAGUUAACAGUGGAGACACUGAAGUUGGUUCUUCCCUUUUGAGACACCCAUCACCUGAGCUUUCUCGGCUAAUUUCAGCCCACAGUUCUCUUUCCAAAGGAGAACGAAAUUUCCAGUGGCCAGUUUUAGCUUUUGUUAUACAGCAUCACGAUCUAGAAGGUCUUGAAAUAGCAAUGAAACAGGCCUUAAGGAAAUCUGCUUGUCGAGUUUUUGCUAUGGAGGCAUUCAACUGGCUUCUGUGCAAUGUCAUUCAAACAACUUCUCUCCAUGACAUCCUAUGGCAUUUUGUGGCAUCCCUGACUCCUGCUCCAGUGGAACCAGAGGAAGAAGAGGAUGAAGAAAAUAAAACAAAUAAAGAAAAUUCAGAACAAGAAAAAGAUACAAGAGUGUGUGAACAUCCACUCUCAGAUAUAGUGAUUGCAGGCGAAGCUGCUCAUCCUUUACCGCAUACUUUUCACCGUUUACUUCAAACAAUCUCUGAUCUUAUGAUGUCUCUCCCUAGUGGCAGUUCGUUGCAGCAAAUGGCCCUAAGAUGUUGGAGUCUCAAAUUCAAGCAAUCUGAUCAUCAGUUCCUCCAUCAGAGCAAUGUCUUUCAUCACAUUAACAACAUUUUGUCAAAAUCAGAUGAUGGAGAUAGUGAAGAGAGUUUUAGCAUCAGUAUACAAUCUGGCUUUGAAGCAAUGAGUCAGGAGUUAUGCAUAGUUAUGUGUUUAAAGGACUUAACCAGCAUUGUUGACAUAAAAACUUCAAGCCGACCUGCCAUGAUUGGCAGUUUGACAGAUGGUUCCACAGAAACCUUUUGGGAAUCAGGGGAUGAAGAUAAAAACAAAACAAAGAAUAUCACUAUCAAUUGUAUAAAAGGAAUCAAUGCCCGCUAUGUGUCUGUGCAUGUGGAUAAUUCCCGAGAUCUUGGGAAUAAAGUUACCUCGAUGACCUUCUUAAGUGGCAAAGCAGUAGAAGAUUUGUGCAGAAUAAAGCAGGUUGAUCUGGAUUCCAGGCACAUUGGUUGGGUAACAAGUGAACUUCCAGGAGGAGAUAAUCACAUCAUCAAAAUUGAAUUAAAGGGCCCAGAAAAUACACUAAGAGUUCGACAAGUAAAAGUCUUGGGUUGGAAAGAUGGAGAAAGCACAAAAAUUGCUGGGCAGAUUUCAGCUAGCGUGGCCCAGCAAAGAAACUGUGAAGCCGAGACGCUACGAGUAUUCAGACUUAUAACAUCUCAAGUAUUUGGAAAGCUCAUCUCUGGAGAUGCAGAGCCUACCCCAGAACAAGAGGAAAAAGCACUUUUGUCAUCACCUGAAGGAGAGGAAAAAGUAUACAAUGCAACAUCAGAUGCUGACCUGAAAGAACAUAUGGUUGGAAUCAUAUUCAGCAGGAGUAAAUUGACUAACUUACAAAAACAGGUGUGUGCGCACAUUGUCCAAGCUAUACGCAUGGAAGCCACCAGGGUGCGUGAAGAAUGGGAGCACGCCAUAUCGAGCAAGGAAAACGCCAACUCUCAGCCAAACGAUGAAGAUGCCUCCUCAGAUGCUUACUGCUUUGAGCUGCUCUCCAUGGUUUUAGCACUGAGUGGUUCUAAUGUGGGCCGGCAAUAUCUGGCUCAGCAGCUUACUCUGCUGCAGGAUCUCUUUUCCCUGCUUCAUACAGCCUCUCCUAGAGUCCAGAGACAGGUGACCUCCUUACUGAGACGAGUUUUGCCUGAAGUCACCCCCAAUCGUCUGGCCAGCAUCAUAGGAGUGAAAUCUCUCCCUCCAGCCGAUAUCAGUGAUAUCAUUCAUUCAACUGAGAAAGGAGAUUGGAAUAAGCUAGGUAUUUUGGACAUGUUUCUAGGAUGCAUUGCCAAAGCACUCACUGUACAGCUAAAAGCCAAAGGAACCACCAUCACAGGAACAGCGGGUACCACUGUGGGCAAAGGAGUUACAACAGUCACCCUUCCGAUGAUUUUUAACUCCAGUUAUCUUCGACGAGGUGAAAGUCAUUGGUGGAUGAAGGGCUCAACUCCUACUCAGAUAUCAGAGAUCAUCAUUAAACUUAUAAAGGAUAUGGCAGCAGGUCAUUUGUCAGAAGCUUGGUCCCGAGUGACCAAAAACGCUAUUGCAGAAACCAUCAUUGCCUUGACCAAGAUGGAAGAAGAAUUUAGAUCUCCAGUGAGAUGUAUUGCGACAACUAGACUCUGGCUUGCAUUAGCAUCACUGUGUGUUCUUGAUCAGGACCAUGUCGAUCGUCUCUCCUCAGGAAGGUGGAUGGGAAAGGAUGGACAACAAAAACAAAUGCCCAUGUGUGAUAACCACGAUGAUGGUGAAACUGCAGCUAUCAUUUUAUGCAACGUAUGUGGAAAUUUGUGUACUGACUGUGACAGAUUUCUUCAUCUUCAUCGGCGAACCAAAACUCAUCAAAGACAGGUCUUCAAAGAAGAAGAAGAAGCUAUAAAGGUUGAUCUUCAUGAAGGUUGUGGUCGAACCAAAUUGUUCUGGUUGAUGGCACUUGCAGAUUCUAAAACAAUGAAGGCAAUGGUGGAAUUCCGAGAACACACAGGCAAACCCACCACAAGUAGCUCAGAAGCAUGCCGCUUUUGUGGGUCCAGGAGUGGAACAGAGUUAUCUGCUGUUGGCAGCGUUUGUUCUGAUGCAGACUGUCAGGAAUAUGCUAAGAUAGCUUGUAGUAAGACACAUCCUUGUGGCCAUCCAUGUGGAGGUGUUAAAAAUGAAGAACAUUGUUUGCCCUGUCUACACGGCUGUGACAAAAAUGCCACAACACUGAAGCAGGAUGCUGAUGACAUGUGCAUGAUAUGUUUCACUGAAGCUCUCUCUGCAGCACCAGCCAUUCAGCUGGACUGUAGUCAUGUAUUCCACUUACAAUGCUGUCGACGAGUGUUGGAAAACAGAUGGCUUGGCCCAAGAAUAACAUUUGGAUUUAUAUCUUGUCCUAUAUGCAAGAACAAAAUUAAUCAUAUAGUAUUAAAAGACCUGCUUGAUCCCAUAAAAGAACUCUAUGAGGAUGUCAGAAGAAAAGCCUUAAUGAGAUUGGAAUAUGAAGGUCUGCAUAAGAGUGAAGCUAUCAUAACUCCUGGUGUGAGGUUUUAUAAUGAUCCAGCUGGCUAUGCCAUGAAUAGAUAUGCAUAUUAUGUCUGCUACAAAUGCAGAAAGGCAUAUUUUGGUGGUGAGGCUCGCUGUGACGCUGAGGCUGGACAAGGCGAUGAUUAUGAUCCCAGAGAGCUCAUCUGUGGUGCCUGUUCUGAUGUGUCCAGGGCACAGAUGUGUCCCAAACAUGGCACAGACUUUUUGGAAUAUAAAUGUCGCUACUGCUGUUCAGUGGCUGUCUUUUUCUGUUUUGGAACAACACAUUUCUGUAAUGCUUGUCACGAUGAUUUUCAAAGAAUGACUAGCAUUCCUAAGGAAGAACUACCACACUGUCCUGCAGGUCCCAAAGGCAAACAGUUAGAAGGAACUGAAUGUCCACUCCAUGUUGUUCAUCCACCCACUGGGGAAGAGUUUGCUCUGGGGUGUGGAGUGUGCAGAAAUGCUCAUACUUUUUAGAACACUGCGAUCCUUUGUCUACAGAGAAAAUGUUGCCUUCAUCCACCAAGAGGAUGUGGUGAAGUUUAAACUCUGCUCAGGAUAAGGAUGGGACCAUUUUUACAUCCAUGAAAAUGAACCAUUCACAGUGCAAGAAGGAUGCCAAAAACCAUGUACAUAAUUCUUGCUGUGGAAGUUUUCUCCAUUACUUUGGUUUAUCUUCUUUUGAACCAAGACAUCAAACUUGUGAGGUGUUUGCAUGUGGCCAUUACUGUCAUUGGCCUGUGAAGCAUUGAACAUUUAUAGAUAAUUGACAUAAAAGAGUCGCCAUACCCCUGGACUGAGAAUGAUGCUGGCUUUCAAGCAAAAAAGAAAAAUAAUCAUUGUUUAUUGUAUACUGCCUUUUUUGUAAUCCUGUACAAUUGCAUCACGGGUGGGGAUAUAAAGAGGAAAAUUCUGGUUUAUUUCCUAGACUGUUAUUUAAAAAAAAAAUUGUGUUAGGACAGCAUAUAAAUGUAAUAAGUAUCACAUUGUAUAUAAAGAUAUUGAUGUUUGUCCUGUAUAAGAAUUACUAAAUUACAAAUGCAGUUUCAUUUAAACUUCUAGGUUAAGUUUGAGCCUGAAAUUUUAAUGAAGUGCAAUACUGAGUGUGCCUCAUUAUUCUUGCAGCUGUAAACAUUGGAAUGUACAUGUCAAUAAAACCACUGUACAUUUUUAUACAGUGAUAAAGUCGAA